AUGGAUCAGUCUGGGACCACGCAGACCCAGCCUCAACACGAACCCAUCAGCUUUGGCAUCGACCAGAUCCUCAGUGGCUCCGAUCAGGAAAGCUGCCUGCAGCCCAGCGCCAGGGUCUCGGAGGCAAGCUACUUGAGCAGUCCGGUUAGCGGCGCCUACCCGGGCUUAGCCACCGCUUACCCGGCCAUGGGGGCCACUUACGAGGACAGCGUGUCGGGAUCUUAUAGUGUUAACCUGAGCAUGAACGUCAACAGCCUGGCGUCCGCCGGAGUCAUCCGUGUGCCCGCUCAUCGCCCAGUCCCUCAAACGGCCAUGCCUACCGUGCCUAGCGUGGCCGGUCUGAGCGGCCUCAACUUCCCUUGGAUGGAGAGCAGCAGGAGGUUUGCUAAGGACAGGCUGACAGCAGCCUUGACUCCUUUCACCGUGACACGGCGGAUCGGCCACCCUUACCAGAACAGGACACCCCCGAAGCGGAAGAAGCCCAGAACCUCUUUCACCAGGAUUCAGAUCUGUGAGCUGGAGAAGCGCUUUCACCGUCAGAAGUACCUCGCCUCGGCGGAAAGGGCGGCGCUGGCAAAAUCCCUUAAAAUGACCGACGCUCAGGUCAAGACCUGGUUCCAGAACCGCAGAACCAAGUGGAGGCGGCAGACAGCGGAGGAGAGAGAGGCCGAGAGACAACAGGCCAACAGACUGAUGCUACAACUACAACACGACGCCUUCCAGAAGUCUCUCAGCGACUCCAUUCAGCCAGAUCCGCUGUGUCUGCACAACUCGUCUCUGUACGCGCUGCAGAACCUGCAGCCCUGGGCUGAAGAUAAUACCAAGAUCCCAGUUGUCACAUCGUUAGUGUGA